AUGAAAUAUAAUAUUAAAUUAUUAUCACUAUUUGUGAUAUUAUCAGUUUACAGUUGUGGCAGUACCAGUGUCAAUGUUAAAAACACUAAACAAUAUGUAAAUUUCUUACCAAAAGGUUGUGGUCACAAUCUAGGCUAUGGAUAUGCUGCACCUUUUGAUGGAUGUAUUACAGAUUACGAUAACAAUGUUGCUUACAGUUUCGACUAUAUUUCAGAGAAUGUAUAUAUAAUUUACACUCAUGAAUUGAUAGAUCCAGACUGCCAAGGUUCUGUACUCAAUAAGACAACUAUAAGUGGUAACAGUUGUUUCAAAUUACCAUAUGGUCCACCAACAUCAUUCUACUUUACAUUUACAGAGAAUAACUAUGUCAAUCAUUUGGAUGGUGUAGAAUUAACCUAUUACUCUCAACCGAAUUGCGGAGGAUCGAUCGCUUUCUAUGCUUUCUUUGAGAAUGGAUACACCGAUAAAACUUUUAAUUAUCAAUAUGAAUGUAUGGAUAAUACACCAACAGUCUUUUUCCAAGAAUACAAGCACCGUGCAUCCUUCCCAUUGGAUGGUUAUUGUUUCACACCAGAUGAAGGCCUUGAAAUUAGUAAUUUCAACGGAACAUGUGUAAAUCCAAAAUAA